AUGUUGAACAAAAUCUUUGUAGUAACUCCUAGAAGAGAUUAUCCAAGCGUCACAGCUACAGAUGCCCCUUUUAUAACACGCCCAGGAGACUCGGAACUUUUUUCAGAUUUGAGUGAUAAUUCCAUUGACACCUUUGGUACAUCUGGCAAGAGAAUCAAGAGUUGCAAUUCUCACACCUUAAAGAUCGAUACUCCAAGAGUUAAUGCUCCUCAUUCCCGACAAAGACCUAGAAAUGACUUGUACAUCAAAAUGGUAGUGAGUUCGAAAGUAAAGAUAUUUGUUGGUCCUGAGAAGAAGUCAUUUGAAGUACCAAAAGAUCUUCUUUCAUAUUAUUCUCCGGUCUUCGAUAGGUCUUUCAAUGGAAACUUCAUGGAAGGUCAGACCCAAAUAAUAGAACUUCCAGAAGAUACUGUGGAAGAUUUCGAGGUUCUGGUAGAGUACAUCUUCCAUCACAGUGUUGGUGACAAACUCUCCAUCUCGAAAAAUGGACGAAAUGCUGCUGAACGUUGUAUUUCCUUCCUAAAGUACGCAGAUCUGUAUGAUUUGGGAGAUAUCAGCACCCUGAUAUACUACGAACUUCGGUCAGCCUUGAUAGAAGGUGGUCCAUCGGCUUUCAAAUCCAGCUUUAUCGAAGUCGUCUUCUCACUCACAAAAGAUGGCAAUUGCUUGCGAGCGCUGAUGGCCGACGCUGCACUGUCAUUUCAAGGGGAGCAUUUGGGGAGGUUUCCAAACAGUGUCAAGAUUGGUUUCGAAAAGCAGGAAGCUGAGGUUGAGGGCUUUGGGCUGGCUAUUUAUCGCCAACUUAAAAAAGCUGGCGUUGUGUGUGUAUAUGAAUCUCCUUUCGACUCCAGAAACUACAAAGACUUUGAGUGA